UCUGUGGGCUGAGACUCUAUAUCGCUGAUCAGUUUACCCAUAGUCGACUUUUACAUGGAUCUAUAAUUGCACAUUGGAAAAACGGACAAAGGACAUAUUUUCGCGGACUCUGAAUUGGAUCAAUGAGUUUUUAAAAUCCGGAACGUAAGGAGUUUCCUUAGCAGGGAACUGGAUUUCCUUCUUCAUGCAACUUUUUUGGAAAGAGACCAAGAGCAUCUUACCGGAGCACAAUAAGGAAUACAUUAACGGUGACAUCACACUCAUUCCGGGAACUGUAGGUUUCUCACUCGGCUCCUCCGGGGUAAUGUUCCAAGGGUUCCCCGGUGACCUUGAUACCAUCUCCCGUGGAAGUUCGUCCCCGUCUUUUGAGUCUCAGUACCUUUCCUCCGUGGACUCCUUCGGGAGCCCGCCGGCCAGUGCCUCACAGGAUUGUGUGUCUGCUGGAGGCGGGGAAGGGGUAGGCAGUGGUUCUGGGGGCAGCAGUGGAGGAGUAGACAUGCCAGGCUCCUUUGUGCCCACAGUCACAGCCAUCACCAGCAGCCAGGACCUGCAGUGGAUGGUGCAGCCAACUCUCAUCUCGUCCCAGGCCUCUGGUCAGAGUGAGACGGGAACCUCUACUAUGACCCAGUCUGUGUCCCUGGUAGACCCUUAUGAUCUGCCAGGGCCCAGUUAUUCCUCUGGCUCAGGCUUUACUCCCGCAGGCUCUGAGACCCCGGGCCCCAUCCGCCAGUCUAGGACCCGUAGUCGCCGUGUACGAGACGAGUCUGUGAGUGACGAUGGAGAUGUUGGUGUGUUUUUGACUCCAGAGGAGCAAGAGAAGAGGCGUGUUCGACGCGAGAGGAACAAGCUGGCAGCCGCCAAAUGCCGAAACCGCCGGCGCGAACUCACUGACAGACUGCAAGGGGAGACCGACAUCCUGGAGGAGGAGAAGUCUGAGCUGGAGGCUGAGAUCUCUGAGCUGCAGAAGGAGAAGGAGAGCCUGGAGUUUGUCCUGGUGGCUCACCAGCCCAGCUGCAAGAUCCCCUACCAGGAGCAGCAGGCCUCAGGCUCCACACAGCUCCAGCAUCAGCCCCCACUGCCCCAACAGGCUCCCGUCUCCAUCGUGGGCUUGACUGUGGAGGACACUUUCUACCUGCCUCCUGCCUACACCUCACAGCCUUCUACUUCACAGCAUCAACAGCAGCAGGUUCAGCAGCAGCAACAACAGCAGCAGGUUCAACAGCAGCAACAGGUUCAACUGCAGCCGGGGAUGAUGCAGGAGGUAGCGUUUUCUAGUUCUUUCUAUGGCUCAAGCGAGCCUGCGCCGGGUGGGCCGUGCCUGGUGGCCGACGGUGGGGGUGGUGGUCACCAUGAUGGCGCGGCCGCUGGCAGCUACAACCCUUCAUACACAUCUUCAUUUGUGUUCAGCUACCCAGAGGGAGCCUGCGGGGUCAGCGCUAACCAGAGAAACAGCAGCAGCGAGCAGUCCUCUGAUUCCCUGAACUCGGCCUCGCUGCUCGCGCUGUGACUGACCGACAGACACACACACCACACGCACACACACACACACGCCCCUAUGUCAAUCACUUAUAUACGGCAAAAAACAGUUGCUCAUGGUAGACGAGGUCAACAACAUGGAUAAACAUACAUUAUAUAAUGAGCCAUACAAACUCACACACAUUCAGACCAAGUAAACAUGAAAUCAAGCAAAGUUUGACCACAUAGCAUUCAGUGCACACCGUUGUCCUUAUGAGGUAACCAAACGUAACUAAUCAAGUAUUUAAAGUGAAUUCAAAUUGAGUCUAAAACUCUGGGCUCUGAGUUGUCAGUUGAUCUGUGAAACAUCCUCUGACAUCAUACCCGGCUUAAUUCACAAUGAAUCUUUCAACGUCUUGUGACGUGCACGUACAGUGCACACAGUAAAUACCAACAUGCUCACCUGCGAUCCCACAAGCACACUUAUCCUCCCCUUCGUUCCCUCUGUCGGUCAUCCCUCUCUCACUGCUCCUGCUCUCAUCUUCUUCAUCCCUCUCUUCAUGCUGAAUGUAUUUGUGCAAGCAGAAAUAGGGAAGAAGGACUUAGGUUUGGGUCUUCUUUUGUGAGGCCAGACUGCUGAGCUCUUGCUCUCCCCUCCCGCCUUCCUCAUCCUCUCGGUUCCUCUUGCUUCUUCGUCAUUAGUUGUGACUUGGAAAGGGGAGGGCGUCACAGCCUCCAGCUAUUUGGCUCUUUCUCUUUUUAUCCUGCCGUCUACUCUUCGUCCAUCUCUCCAUCUUUGUUUCUCUCCUCUGUCUCUCCCUCUCUCUGUCUCUUUGAAGUCUUCGAACCCUGAGAGCACGCCGAGCCCGUCCAGACCCUGGGACCUUGACUGAGCGCCGGCCCACCUCACACGUCCCCCACAUGGACACGGACGCACCCCCCACUGAGGAGCCCUGGAGUGUUUCGCUCAAAGUAGACCUUUAAAAAAACAAAAGCAAAAAAAAACACACAUUGAAAAGACACAAAAUAGGAUGGACACAAAUGCAAAAGGGUUGUCACUCUUUUCAUUCUUCUCCUGAGCCAUUGUUGGAUGUUGAAACGAUGGAGAUUAAAUGAGACUUGUGUUGUGACGGUGAGAUGAGGACGGCAGGAGAGUGAGAGAAGAGGCUUUAGCCGAGGUAGAGGUCUAGAGGGAGAGCUGAAACUUUGGCAGAGACAGAGGAUGAGCCCCCUGUACUCUUAAGCCUAAAUUGAAUUUUAAAAAGCCAAAACAAAUCCAGCUCUUGCCAACUGUGUGUAUGGGUUACCUCUUACCGGCAUAGUACCACCGCCAUACUGCAAAGUCUCUUCAUCCUGGGUCCACACAAAUACUCAUACCGUCGCGUUCAAGCAUCUGAAUUGUCCUCCAUUCGUUACUGAUACUAUUGUGUACAAUGUUCUUCCCCCCUCCUUUAUCACCAAGUAUUUUCUGUUGUUGUUUUUAAGUCUUACCUUUGACAGAGAAAAUGUAAUGAGAAAAAAAAACAUUGAGAGAUGUAUGUCCUUUUGUUAAAGAUCUUUUGUCAGACGUGAGUCUAUUGGUAUCAGAUGUGAACCAUUGUUUUUAAAAAGAUACUUUAAAGGAAUAUUCAACCAACCUCUGAACAUUGGGAUGAGUGGCCUCUGUUCCUCUCCUAGUGGGAGGGGCAUUUAUUGUGAGUGUAUCUCACUCUGAGCCACUUGGCCCGCUUAUUUAUUUCUUGAUUGAGGUUGACACGAUGUUAGAGCACAAUACAGAGCCGGACACACAGAGGAGACAAGAGGAGGGGGUGUUUAUGAGUAUGUGUUCUUCAUUUGCCUGUGAAUUUGUUCCUUUUAUUUUCAAGUGACAUUUGUUAUGUUUUAUGUAUUUUUUUGUUGUUGCUUUGUCCUCCGCUCUAACCUGUGUCGCCACUGCCGGACAUUUUUGUUCUUUCAGGGGAGGUUUUCCCCUUAAUGUUACUAUUAUUAUUGCAUUGUGUUAUUAUUUGAUUUUUUAUAUUAGGUUUAGCAACUUCAGAGGCAUGUGCACUAUAUAUAUUUUUUUAUAUGUGUCAAAAGUAUACUUAAAAGCAUAUGCAUAUACAUACAGAAGAUGUGUAUAUUUAAGUGUAUGUACAAUGAUUGUAAAGUAUGAAUGUUUGAAAAUAUAAAAAUGGGAUAUUUUUGUCAAUGAAGAAACAGAGGGGGUUGUUGAGGCUGGUUUUAAAAUUGAUAUUUUUCUAAAAGAACAAAAUAAUUAUAUUAAACUACCGUACUUAACCAUUCCCUCAAUAUGACGCACAUUAUCACUGCCUGUGCUCAUGUUUUAUAUAUAAAGCACAUUAUUCAGGAUAACUAUAUCUAACACGUGAUACGGCAUGUAUUGCAGCUCGUCAGUAUGAUGAGAUUAUUGAGGUGGUGCUAUUGCCUUUGCCUGUUUGUUUUUCUCUGUGAGGUCAGUCCCAAAGCCUACACCGCCAAAGCUUAAUGUCACCACUUAGUCCCCUUCGGACCCAAAAUGAGGAAACUAAUAUGAAUUGAAUGUCAAAAUACAUAUUAAAGUAUUAAUGAUGCAAA